GUAUCCGUGAACGAACCAAACAUCAACGGAGCAAAUACAAAUACACGAGCGGCUAAAUUCUUCAAUUCUUUAACUGUUCUUUUCUACAUUUUUUUCCCUUCCGCUUCCAUAAUGUCUGACGAGGAGGAGGACUAUAUGUCUGACGCAUUUCUUAGUAAAAUUCAAGAUGUGAAACCAGGCGUCAACAUGGUGAGGCGGGUAAAAGAAGCAAUGAAAAAGGAGGUACAGCAAAAGGAAAAGAACAUCAAGAACCGUCAGAAGACCUACAAGGAGCAGGAGAAGGAAAGCAGGGAAACGGCUUUGCAGAGCUCCAUCAGCAAUGACAACAAGGGAUUUGCGCUUCUACAGAAAAUGGGUUACAAAGCUGGUCAAGGCCUCGGCAAGGAGGGAGCCGGAAGGGUUGAUCCAAUUCCACUUAAUAUCAAAAAAGACAGGGGGGGCAUUGGAAUGGAAGAGGUGAAGAAAAGAAAAGCUGAGGAGGAACUUGAACGUUAUCGGCAAAAAGUGCGAGCCGAACAACAGAAUGAGACUAAAUCUCUGGAAGAUUUUAGGUCAAGGGUAAGGACGGAGAGAGAGGAACGAAAGAUUGAAGGCGACCUCAGGAGGAGUCAGCGAACUUGUGAGCAGCUUGACAGUCAGAAGGGCAUAACUGUACCUCGAGAAGACUGGUACUGGCCUAAAGCAAAUGCUGACGAUGAGGAAGAUGGUCUCAAAGGGGAAGAGGAGGAUGAGGAGAAAGACGAGGAGGAGAUCAUGGAACUAACUUCCUUUGAUAAACUACAAAUUUUGACGUCGUAUUUGAGAGGAGUCCAUUUUUACUGCAUAUGGUGUGGAACCACAUAUAAUGAUGAGGAGGACUUGUGCUCAAACUGUCCUGGGGAUACAGCAGCAGACCAUGAUUAAACUUGAUUUAAAAAAACAAAAAAGCAACUUAUGCAGUAGUUCGCUGUGAAAAAGCAGUUGCAAAUGUUGCAGACAAGGCAAUAAAGUGAUCAGAAUUAGGAUUUAUUUAUUUAUCAUCAUAUUUGUAUCUGCUGUCCAUUGCUAGAAGGACAUCACCGUCUGUGUUUAUGGGUGGAAGUCUUGAGUUUUUCUUUACAUUUGUGGGACUGUUGUGGGGAAUUAAAAAUACAUGGUCAUGGUUUCUUUUUUUUUAAAAGAAGUCCAAAAAAUUCUGUGACUUUGUUUUAAGAGCCAAUGCAUACCUAUGUUUUCAUUAAAUGAUGUAUGAAACCAA